AUACGGCCGCCGGGGUUCACUGCCGUCGAAGAUGUCGGCGUGAAAGCGUUACUCUCCUUUCCUACCCGACACCGUCUUACUGGUUGUUACAGUAUUGGACAUACCACGCGAAGAAGUCUCUGUCACUUACCGAGCAAUCUAGCGUGAUGGACCGGCGUAACGUCCUCUGUCAAAUGCCCAUUCAAACCCAAGCUUAACCUCGGGCCUAACUUUGUUGUUUUUGUAUGAUCUGUCCAGUAUGUUGAGACAAGCAGUUCACGGGGCUUUUAUAGUGGCAAAACUCAAUCUGUGUUUCGCUUGCCAAGGCGAUUGGUGGUUAAAAUAACGAGAGGACCGCGGUAUUGUCUAGCGAGAGUGUAUAGCGAUACCAGUGACUGACUGAUUCAAGACAGGCCGACCGACCCUAGAGGGCGGAUACCCCGUACACAGGGACUAUAUCUUGCAUUAUAAACGGCAGGAGACGGACAAGAUAGCACCGUUAAGGAGGAUAUAUACCCGCUCCCAUCUCACAACAUAAAUAUAGCACUGCGCCACCUUAUUCCAAUAUUUUCGCACGGGAAAUAUUUUUUUCUCUUAUUUUCCCCCACGAACUGUUGGAAGUGAGGUGUCACCGGAAUGUUCCAAACCAAAUUGAAUGUGUUUCUGACAAGAUUGGGAAACGUGAGUGAUAUUAAUCCCUGCGUUGUUGCGUUUCGUCAAUGGCGUUAAUAUGGCCGCGUCCACCUCGCUGUAUGUCACACGCCUUUUGACAAUCUUUGCUGUCGUCUCCGUCGCCAAUGUCGGAUCAACUUGGUGGUUUAUAAGUCAGCUGCCCCUGCAGGUGUUGGGGGCUGGGGUACUGUGCGACAACAUCCCCGGGCUGGUGGGGAAGCAGAGACGACUCUGCCGCAGUCACCCGGAUGUAAUGGUCAGCCUUAGAGAGGGAGCGCGGCUUGGCGUAGAGGAAUGCCAGAACCAGUUCGAAUCCCAGCGCUGGAACUGCAGCACGCUCGACCGGGAUGCCUCGGUGUUUGGAAAGGUCAUGUUGAAAGUAGGAAGCCGCGAAGCAGCUUUCGUCUAUGCCAUAUCGUCAGCAGGCGUGGUGCACGCCAUCACGCGGGCAUGCAGCAAGGGCGAGCUCCACGACUGCGCGUGUGACCCAAGCAAGAAGGGGACGAGUUCAGACAGCCGAGGCGAAUUUGACUGGGGAGGAUGUUCCGAUUGGGUCCAAUAUGGAAGCAAGUUUUCUCGGAUGUUCAUUGACGCCAAGGAGAGAAAAGUUCGUGAUGCACGUGCCCUUAUGAAUUUGCAUAAUAACAGGGCGGGCAGAAGGGCCGUGAAGCGAUUCCGGAAGUUAGAGUGCAAAUGUCACGGAGUUAGCGGGUCGUGUGCAAUUCGCACGUGCUGGCUAGCGAUGCAGGAUUUUCGGCGCGUGGGUGAUUACCUCAAGACAAAGUAUAAUGGCGCCACACAAGUGAUGAUGAAUCAAGAAGGGACGGGAUUAAUAGUAGCCAACAAAAACCACAAGAGGCCCACCAGAUCGGAUUUAGUGUAUUUUGAAAUGUCACCGGAUUACUGUUUACGGGAUUUGGAAAUAGGAUCUCUUGGGACGGCUGGUCGCGUGUGCAAUAGGUCCUCAAUGGGCACCGAUGGCUGUGACAUCAUGUGUUGUGGGAGGGGAUACGACACCAAGACGGUUAGAAAAAUAGAAAAGUGUGAGUGCAAAUUUCACUGGUGUUGUUUCGUCCGAUGUAAAGAGUGUCACAAGAUGGUCGACGUCCACACGUGCAAGGGUCCCAAUCCAACGCCACCUCCUGCUAGUCGCAAGACACGUUUCUAGCCAACACUUAGUCCAGACCUGGAACCUUUUAGACUCAUCGUAACGUUGGCAUGCAUCUGCUGUGCAGAUAAGACGCUGUGUUCUUCUUUAAUAAAGUGGAUGAAGACGUUGCUGACGACGUGACGACUUCCAGACGUUGUUGAACAGCGACGGAUACAACUGCACGGGGUGUUAAACAAGAUCGCUGUGGCUGUUCUCAGGAUGAAGAACGGUUGUCAGAGCAAAGUAUUGAAUGGAGAAAUGACAGACGAAUGCUUGAAAUACGCUGUUUUAUGUCUAGACCAAACGGGCUCAUGUAGAUAUAUUCUCCAGUGCAACCUAAUGUUCGCUUCUCUCGCAGUGUUUAGACUCCUGUGUUUGGUGUGUGACCUUGCAAAGCCUGGGAGGUUUACCUAGGAAAGCCAUGCUCAUGCACGACUACAUAUAUGUGAUUUAUUAUUUUAUGUGAGCUGAUAGAUGUGUGUGAAGCGACGCAUAUGGUGGCUGCAGCUUACUGUUACUGUUUUGUGACCAUAGAACCCUAGGCUGUGAGAACAUACGAUACAGACCGACGACACAGAGAGGAGGAACCUGAAAGUGUCCGAACACAAACUUCAGCAAACACAAGCGUGUUUAUCACGGAACGGAUGGGAGGAAGGUUGACGAUAAUCGCCCUGUGUUGACAAUGAAAGCAUUCGUUGAUUCGUCACCUUCUGAAACAGGUCCGUGCCCCUCAUUGCCAAAAUACAGAGUGUUUGUCCCCAAAACAGUGCUUGUUGAAAGAAAAUAGUGGCAGUGUAGCAUCUUCAUCCCUCGUGAUGGUGGUCCUCGUGCUCUUUGUAUGUGUUUUGGGGAGGGGAGAUUCGGCGUGACGGGGUGUCGGUUCUCAGUGGGAAACGAAUACUGGAUUGACGUAAAAGCAAGACUUUCCCUCAAACGGAAUCGGAAUGGACGAUGAACGAUGUUAGUGUUUAUGUAGAAUCGUCUGUUCUUAUUUAUGAUCUGAGGUUUAUUUGUACUUUGCCUUUAAGUAUAGUUGAAUAUGAUCUUACCUGAUAUGCAUAAAGAACAUGUUUCAAUCUUGUGCGGGGAUGGCAGCAAUACGUUGGCGCCUUAGAAAAUGUGAUAGCAAAGGUGUUUAAUACACUAAGGCGCGAAUCAUACCUAUUGCUGCCAUUCCUGCGAGUACUAAAGAUCCCUGUGCGAAUGGUAUAUUGAAUUGAAUGGGCCAUGUGUGGUAAGAAUUUUAGUGCUUUCAUUUGCAUUGUGUUUGAUUUUGUGCUUACUUGUACAAUACUUUUCUGUAAGAUAGAAUCUAACAGAGAGUCCAAAGUUUAGAAACGAAACAAGACUUGGCGUAUGCAUUUUCUUUAAAUAAAUAGUUAUAUCUUAAGUAAAAAUUUAUUUCACAUUGUUUAAACUAAUUUUAAUCAGAUUUUAGCAAAUGUAUUACAAAAACACGUCAUUUGAUUGUGGAAUAUGUGUAACUGCCAUUUUGGUUUAUCAAAAGACGUUACAUUUUAGACAUUGUUAUGUUAACCUGCCGGUAAGACGGCAUUGUUGGGUGGUGUUUUUCGGUUAUUUAAUUUAAUUUUGAAGGGGGAAAAUGAAAUAAUGUUUGGAGUUUCAUGCCAUGGAUGUGAAUGCAGUGUAUUUAUGCUGGCACGUUGUUAGGCGUCCUUUGUUACUGAGGCUCUGUGUGAUGUACAUAGACUCGACAUUUUUCAAAUGUACCUGUGUAGAUGCGUGUCAGACCCGUUUCUAUUAAAUCCAUUCUCAAACGUAA